AUGAGAAGUGAAGAGCGGGGAGAGGCGCCGGUGCGGGACGAGGGCCUUCAUAUUUUCAUGGAUCCUUGGGGCUGCGAAAUCAAUAAAAUAGAAGUGACAUCAGAGUUUGAAGAUAACUUCAAGCCAGAGCAAGGGUUUGAAAAAUUAUCGGAUUCUGCCGACUACUUAGCUGUUCUCGAGAGAAAAUUAAAAGCACUGAAAAAGAAAAACAAGGUUGUUGAGAAUUUGUCAGCAUAUAGAGCUGACUGCAUAGAUCGUCUCCUUCGUGAGGGUUGUGAUCUUGAACCAGUCAUUGGAGAUACUGAAUCAGAGAAACUCAUCCAAGAAUAA